GUGUACAAUCUCUCACUUCAAACCUCUUUUUUUCUUUUUCUUUUUUGCUUUUCCACUGUCUCUCUCUCUGCACACAAAAUUCUUGCAAAGACAAAAACCAAAGGCAAAGGGAGAGAUGGAUUUAGUGAAACAAAAAGAGUUGCAGAAGAAAUAAGAGCAACCCAGAAAAAUUCAACAUGAAAGCUCAUAACUUGAGCCUCAUUUUGAUUGUAUUAUCAUCAUUGACAACACCCGAAAGUGCAACCAUAAUUCAAGACUCUAACAUCCAACGAAGAAUUCUCCACCAGCCAUUAUACCCAGUCGCUUCUGCACCACCACCAGCCACCGACUCACAACCACCGCCACCGCCACCAGAUAGCUCAGCUAUUGCAAACCCAGACCAGCCCUUUUUCCCUGAAGUCCCAAAUGGGCAAACCCCAGAUCUUGGCCAGCCACCACCAGCAUCAGCAGUCAACGGGACCAUACCAAUCCCAACAGCAACACAGCCAGCCAAGCCUGCUAAGAAAGUGGCAAUUGCAAUCUCAGUUGGGAUUGUCACUUUAGGGAUGCUGUCAGCUCUUGCAUUCUUUUUGUACCGACACCGGGCUAAGCAUCCAAGAGAAUCUCAAAAGCUUGUCGGAGGCAAUUCUCAAAGAUUUGCAGAUGAAUCUAGAGUUCCCCCGUCAAGUUUCCUGUACAUAGGAACUGUUGAACCAAGCAGGGCAUCAGCUACUGAAGUAAAUGGAACAACAACAACAACAAACGGAGCCAAUACUUCACCUUAUCAUAGACUAAAUUCAAUCAAAAGAUCUGAUAAUUAUAGGCCUAGUCCUGAUUUGCAGCCACUACCACCGCUACCUAAACCUCCUCCUCCUCCUCCUCAAUACGAGAAUGAGAAUUUUCCAUCCCCAACAUCAUCAAUAUCGGAUGAGGAGAGUCUUGACACAGCUUUUUAUACGCCACAGGGCUCCACAGUUAGCAAUGACGAUUCCUACUACACACCUGUUCUGGUGCGGCCUGCUAAUGCUGCUAGGAAUGAUGUCCGUGUCCAAGCCACAACUUCUGUUCCGCACUCUAAAAGAACCUCUCCGAAAUCAAGAUUUUCUUCCAUAACUUCACCAGAAAUGAAGCAUGUCAUAAUUCCUUCGAUCAAGCAGCCAUCAUUAGCACCACCGCCGCCUCCACCACCACCGCCAUUGCCGCAUCAGGAUAAAGUCCAGGUUCUUGAGUCAACAACUUCAUAUUUUUCUAAAAGGCCAAAAUUUCCAGUCCCACCACCACCACCGAAUAUGGAACUUCUUCGAUCCAUAUACAAUCAUCAGUCAAGUAAAAUUCCACCUCCACCUCCACCUCCACCUCCACCUCCUCCGCCUCCGGCUCCGGCUCCACUGUCAACAUCAAGAAAGAUAGGAUCUUUAGAAACAGCUAAAACAUUGGUUGUUUCUUCGAUGCCUGCAACAGUAAUGGCGAAGCAAAAGCCCUCAGCUUCUAGUCCCAAAGCCAUUUUGAAGACCGGAAUAACAAAAACUACCGAGGAAGUUAAUAAAGGAGCCAGUUCCUCAGAGAGGAAUGAUGCAGAUGACAAUGAUGGAGAAAAGCCCAAGUUAAAGCCUCUGCAUUGGGACAAAGUGCGGGCAUCCUCAGACCGAGCCACAGUGUGGGAUCAGCUUAAAUCCAGCUCAUUUCAAUUAAAUGAGGACAUGAUGGAGAGUCUUUUUGGCUGUAAUUCUGCGAAUUCGGUACCAAAAGAAGCUACAAGAAAAUCGGUUCUGCCUCCUGCUGAGCAUGAAAACAGAGUGUUGGAUCCAAAGAAGUCGCAGAACAUAGCGAUACUGUUACGAGCACUGAACGUGACACGAGAUGAAGUGUCUGAAGCUCUUUUGGAUGGCAACCCAGAAAGCUUGGGUGCGGAGCUUUUGGAAACUCUAGUAAAGAUGGCCCCAACCAAGGAGGAAGAAAUAAAACUUCGAGAGUACAGUGGUGACAUCUCCAAACUGGGAUCUGCAGAACAAUUUCUCAAGACAGUACUUGAUAUCCCAUUUGCUUUUAAAAGAGUUGAGGCGAUGCUAUACAGAGCCAAUUUUGAUACAGAAGUUAAAUAUUUGAGGAAAUCUUUUCAAACCCUAGAGGCAGCAAGUAAGGAAUUGAAGAAUAGCCGGUUAUUCCUCAAACUCCUUGAAGCUGUUCUCAGGACAGGGAACCGGAUGAAUGUUGGCACAAAUCGUGGUGAUGCUAAAGCAUUUAAGCUUGAUACACUCUUAAAACUUGUAGAUAUAAAAGGAACUGAUGGGAAAACAACAUUACUCCACUUUGUGGUCCAGGAAAUUAUUAGAUCUGAAGGCACAAGUACCGAUUCUACAAAUGAGAAAUUGCAAGACAGUACACUCUCCAAAAUGAAGGAGGAUGAUUUUGGGAAACAAGGAUUGCAGGUUGUGACAGGACUGAGUAGAGAUCUCAGCAAUGUAAGAAAGGCAGCUGGAAUGGACUCUGAUGUAUUAAGUAGCUAUGUUUCAAAACUCGCAAUGGGGCUCGAGAAAGUCAGAUUGGUUUUGCAGUAUGACAAGCCGGAUAUGCAGGGGAAAUUCUUUCACUCAAUGAAGCUGUUUCUAAGAGGCGCUGAUGAGGAAAUUAGCAGGAUUAAGUCUGAUGAAAGGAAGGCUUUGUCACUGGUGAAAGAGGUCACAGAUUAUUUCCAUGGGGAUACAGCUAAGGAGGAAGCUCACCCGUUCAGAAUUUUCGUGAUAGUAAGAGAUUUCCUAAAUGUAUUGGAUCAUGUCUGCAAGGAAGUAGGGAAAAUGCAGGACAGAACAAUGGUGGGCUCAGCUAGAUCCUUUCGGAUAUCAGCGACAGCUUCACUACCGGUUCUCAACAGAUUUAAUGUUAGACAAGAUAGAAGUUCAGAUGAGGAAAGCUCCUCUCCUUAAAACCAUGUCCAUAAAAUUUUUACGAAGAUGAUCAAACUACCUGAUAGUUUUUACGGUUACAGACUCCUUUUCAAUUGAAGCAACAGCACGGAAUAUCUAGUCUUUUUUUCCCAUUACAAGCGAGGGAGUGAAACGACGGAAAAGAAUGAACAAGUCAGAAAUUCUUUCAUUGUCAUGCAAAUCGGGUGUCAGAGGGAGAAGAACCUUUUAGCUUGCAAGAGAGAGGAGAUUCAUAUCGCAUAAGAAAUUGUUGACGUCCAGUGACCACAGACUGGCUAUUUUCCUACGUCAAGAAGAGAAAAAUGCCAGAUUAUUUGGAAGGUUUUCUUUGCCCAGUGGGGAUUUGAUGAGAUAAUUGGGACGCAACAACAAUGACAAUGACAGGCUUGUGUUUUUCCACUGCAGUAGAGUUGCCAUAGAUAAAAUAGGAAUCUAUUCAUUUAGAUGAUGAGAUUCUAGCAAUGCAUUUUCAUGAAAGUAUAAUGUUUUUUUAUAUUUAUAUAUAUUACAAGCAGCGAUGUGUUACACUCCACAUUUGUUUGAUACUAUAUGAUUAACUAAUAAAUAGUUAUAACUAGCAGAUUUCCUGUGCUAGCUAA